AUGAAGACCAGACGAGCUGGACAUCGGGGAGUUCUUACAAAAUUACUGAAGAAAGUGGAACCGAGUUCCGAGGAACUUUUGCAGGAAUAUGACGUUAGUGAACUUUCAACUAUUCGAGGACUUAUUGUGAAGAAGCAGGAAAUGAUCGACCAACUGAACGAGAAGAUUGUGGAGGAACUAUCGGAAGAGGAAGUGAGCGAAGAAAUAGAGGAAGCCGACAGAUACACAUAUGACAUAGAAAUGAGUGUAACUAAACUUUCAAAAAUCAUUAAGGAAUCGGAAAUCACAGUCAAAGAGUCAAUUGGCGCCGAUUAUUAUUGGGAUAUAGUUGGAGACAGAGUAAUUAGAGGUUCCGGACCAACCGCUGUACAGUCCAAAGUUGGAUACUUGUUAUCAGGACCUAUACAAUUGAAUAGUAACAUUAAUAAUCAAUCAACGUCAUCGAUUAUGAACAUUUUGACCCCACACAGACUAGAAGAAUGUGAAAUACAUAAAUUUUGGGAAAUCGAAUCCAUAGGAACAGAAACAGACAGCGAAGUGAAAGCGAAAACAGACUUACAAGAAAUGACCACUUACCAAGAGAAUAACAUUCAUUUAAAAGACAAUAGGUACAUCGCCAAGUUUCCAUGGAAACAGGAACAUCCGGAGUUGCCGAGCAACGAGAUGAUCGCCAGAAAGAGAGCAUAUAACGUGAUAAACCGACUUGCUAAAGAACCAGAGAUGCUUAAGAUAUACGGUAACAUAAUCAACGACCAAGAAAUUCGAGGUUUUAUAGAGAAGGUUGAGACCCCGGAUGAGACUACUAAUCGAGUGCAUUAUAUUCCGCACCACCCAGUGAAAAAAGAUUCAUCGACUACACCGAUACGUUUAGUAUAUGAUUGCAGUUGUCGUCAAGAUUCAGAGUCACCCAGAUUAAAUGAUUGCCUUUCUUCUACACCGCCGCAGCUUAAUAAGCUAACAGAUAUACUUACAAGAUUUCGCUACGGGAAAUACGCCUUAACAACAUAUAUUGAGAAAGCAUUCCUCCAGAUUGGAUUAGACGAAGAAGACCGCGAUUCCACCCGAUUUUUCUGGCCUAGAGAUCCAAGCAACCCCAAUAGUGAACUUGAGACUUACAGAUUCAUGGUAAUUUUAUUCGGAGCGACAUGUUCGCAAUUUAUUCUUCACGCUACAUUAUUGAAACAUUUGUCAACGGUUACAAGUGCUACAGCUGAGAUACUCAAGCGAGAUUUGUAUGUAGACAACGUACUUACAAGUGUUCAUACGGAAGAAGCCGCCUUAAAUUUCUUUGAAGAAUCUAGAGAACUCAUGACAAAUGCAGGAUUUAAUUUGAGAACAUGGAAGUCAAAUAGCAAGCAACUUAGCAACGAAGCUAUAAAGGCAAACGUACUUGAUACGGAUAGCGAGACGAAAAUUCUUGGGAUGCGUUGGGAUGCGAAGUCAGACAUGUUGACAUUAGCGAAAUUAAAUGAAGAUCGUAUAGAUAUUGAUAAUUCACAAGCGACAAAGAGAGAAAUAUUGAGUAAAUCAUCGUCAAUUUACGACCCACUAGGAAUUCUUGGACCAGUGACCGUAAGAGCUAAGCUACUGGUACAAACAUUAUGGAAAGAAGGAUACGAUUGGGACCAGGUGUUGCCUAGCAGUAUAGUUAAAUCAUGGUAUGAAAUUUUAGAUGACAUCCGAGAUGUAACAGUUAAUACGAAAAUCGCACGACAUUAUUUCAACGAUCAAAAUGAGAACGAAAGCAACGAGAAAAUCACAUUACAUGUCUUUGUUGAUGCCAGCUAA